AUGCUUGAUAAGGCAGAUCAAUAUUCUCGCAGGAAUUGCGUAGAAAUACAAGACGUCCCAGUACAAAAUAAUGACACCAUCCAGACUGUCAAGGAUGUAGGCAAGACCUUAGGUGUAGAUAUUGAAGAAAAGAUUAUAGAUGCUUGCCAUACCCUGGGUAAAAAGGUUAAUACAAAGGACACUACAGGCAUAAUUGUAAAAUUUGUCAGGAGAGUAGAUGCAGAGGCCCUGCUGACAAAGAGACGUGAGAAAAGAGACUUCUCCACCAGACACCUGAACUUGGCAUCGGAUAACCCUAUUUACGUGAACGAAUCGUUGUCCCCGACGAGGAGGAGGUUGCUGGGCAUGGCGAGGCAAGCGAGGAGGGAACGAGGUUACAAGUGGCUUUGGGUGCGAGGAGGUAAGAUCUUUCUCAGAAAGGAAGAUAAUGGACCUGUAACUAUUGUUCAAUGCCAGGCUGACCUUGACAAAAUGUAA